UCCCAAGACUCACUCACUCACUCUAACAACCCCUAACCUCGAUUUCCGUUCCUUUUCUCUCCCAAAAAACAAAAACAAAAAAAAACACCAUCAUCAUGGAAUCUCGCAAAUUAGCGGCGCUACUUUCUUCCUUAGUUUCUCAACUCCUCUUAAUCCUUCUCCUCAUUUUCCCUCCCAAUUCUCUCCACCCUAAUUCCUUCCACUCCAAUUCCACCGAUUCCACAACUUUCUCUCUCAUCCAUCACUUCCUCUUUUCUCAACAAACCGCCGUCACAACCACCCUCUCCCGCAAACGUAAACGCCCCAAACACCACCACCGUCUCAUCCCUAACCCUGAUUGGUUCCCUAAUACCUUCCUCAUGACCUCUUCAACGUUCGAAUGGUUAACCAAUUUACUCGAACCACUUCUUGAAUGUCGUGAUCCUUCUUACCUUUUCCCUCUUAACCUCUCCGCCGGUGUUCGUCUCGGUAUCGGUCUCUUCCGUCUCGCUAACGGUUCUGAUUAUACCCAAAUUUCUAAUCAAUUUAACGUUCCUGUUUCUGCAGCCAAAUUCUGUGUUAAACAACUCUGUAGAGUCCUCUGUACCAAUUUUCGUUUCUGGAUUUCCUUCCCUAACGGAAACGAGGAGCUUAAAUCCGUUGCACAAAAUUUCGAAUCACUCUCUGGUUUGCCUAAUUGUUCCGGCGUUGUUUUCUGCUCUCGCUUUGAAAUUUCAUCUUCAUCACCAUCAUCCCAACAACACCAGCAAAAACAAUCCACAAUUGCAGCUCAGAUAGUUGUUGAUUCCACAUGCAGAAUUCUCAGCAUUGCCGCCGGGUUUUUCGGUCAUAGAACUGAUUCUACCAUUCUUAAAGGUUCCAGUUUGUUUAAUGAUAUAGAAGAAGGAAAUCUUUUGAAUGAUUCUUCUGUUAAAGGGGUUAAUCAGUAUUUGAUUGGUGAUUCUGAGUAUCCUUUACUUCCUUGGCUUAUGGUACCUUUUGCUGAUAAUGUGACUGUUUCUGGUUCUGUGGAAGAGAAUUUCAAUGCUGCUCAUGAACUAAUGCGGAUUCCGGCUUUUAAAACUGAUGCUAGUUUGAGGAAAUGGGGUGUUCUCAGUCGGCCUGUUUGCGAGGAAAUUAAGAUGGCUGUGGCUUAUAUCGGUGCUUGUUCGAUUCUUCAUAAUAGUUUGUUGAUGAGGGAGGAUUUUUCUGCUUUGGUUAGUGAUUUUGAACAUGAGAGGAAAAGUGUGAAUCCUUUUGUAUUGGAGGAUGAUCCUUUAAAGACUUCGAAGGCUUUAGCGAUGAGGGCAACAUUGGCGACUAUGGCAAAGAAAAUUAGUUAGUUCAGUUCGGUUCAGAUUCUAAAUUGGUGGGGGAAAAGGUAUACUGAUUCAUGAUGUUUCAAGAUAUAGGCAAUUUUGCAGCUUUCACACUUGUUAAUUUGUGUGGUCGCGGUAAUGUAAAUACUGCUUCUUGAGCAUUUCAUAGUUAUAAUUUUUUGAGGAUAUUCAUAUUUGUUGUUUACAAGUCUUUUGAUAAUGUUAUAGAUUUAAUUAGAUUGGUUU